AUGAAUUUCCACCAUUAUUACAGUGCCAUUAAGACUCUGGCCCAUGCCUUGAAUGCUGCGUAUUUCUCCAGAUCUAGGAGGAUAAUGAAGGAGAGUGAAGAGGGUUUGGGGCCUCCAAGGCUGCAGCCAUGGCAGUUCCAUCCCUUUCUGAAGAAGAAUGAGUUUUGCAAUUUUUCUAAUUACGAAUUGUACUUGGACCAAAAUGGAGAUGUAACAGCUGAUUUGAAGCUCAUUAGCUGGGUGUUUCUCCGCAAGAAGAAUCUCAUGAAAGACCAACUCCUGACUUUUGAAAGACAGAGAAUUAUUGUCAACCAAGGUCAUCUGUCAUGGCUAAAAUUGAACAACAGGUCUCUUCCUCAGUCCAAAUGUGUAGGAAAAUGUCUUCCUGGAUUUGUCAAGCAGAAGCGAGAAGGAGAGCCAUUUUGCUGCUACGACUGUGUUCCUUGUCCAGAGGGGACUAUCUCCACUCAGAAAGAUACAGAAAAAUGCACCAAGUGUUCAGAUGAUCAAUAUCCAAAUGAGGACCGAGUUCAAUGUAUCCUCAAAGUAUUAACCUUCUUGUCUUAUAAAGAAUAUUUGGGCUUCAUCCUCAUGUCUUUUGCCCUACUCUUGUUCCUCACUACUGGUCUUGUUUUAAUCUUAUUCAUUAAAUACCGAGAGACUCCAAUUGUCAAAGCCAACAAUCAGGACCUCUCUUACAUUCUCCUAGUCUCUCUUCUGCUUUGCUUCUUGACUCCUGUUCUCUUCAUUGGCCAACCAAGGAAAGUCACCUGCCUUCUCCGACAAAUGGUUUUCAGCAUCAUCUUCUCAGUUGCCAUUUCUUCUCUCUUGGCCAAGACAAUCAUGGUUGUGCUUGCUUUCCUGGCCACAAAACCGGGAAAUCGAGUGAAAAGGUGGUUAAAGAAGAGCUGGGCCAACUCCAUCAUCCUUUCUUCUGCUGCUAUCCAAAUUAUCAUCUGCUCCAUCUGGUUUGGAGCUGCUCAACCAUUCCCUGACUCUGACUUCCACUCCCAGCCUGGAGUGAUCAUCCUGCAAUGCAACGAAGGGUCCAUUGUCAUGUUCUACAUCACCCUCAGUUAUCUGGGCUUCCUGGCUGCCAUCUGCUUUACAGUAGCUUUCCUAGCCAGGAAUCUUCCUGGAGCCUUCAAUGAAGCCAAACUGAUCACCUUCAGCAUGCUGGUCUUCUGCAGUGUCUGGAUCUCCUUUGUGCCCACCUACCUAAGCACCAAAGGAAAAUACAUGGUGGCAGUUCAGGUCUUCUCCAUCUUAUCCUCCAAUGCUGGGCUACUGGGCUGCAUCUUUAUCCCCAAGUGCUACAUUAUCCUUCUUAGGCCAGACUUGAAUACCAAGAAGCAGCUUAUGGCCAAAACAAAUGCAGAAAUGUGAAAUGUAAAAAUUUUCACUUUCAACAUUUUCCAAGUGUCCAAACCUUGAAUAUGGUGCAAGAUGUUCUCCAUACAUGAGUAGGCCAAUGCUUGGAAAAAUUAAAUCCUAGUCAGAAAAUAGUGUUCUUCCAGCUAAUUGCAAGAUGGCUACUUAGCUCCUUUGAGUAGUUGAAUUACCAUAUCUAUU